CUCAACAAAAGUGGAGUUACUCCUUAAUGGCAUGCUCACCAACUAGAUUUUACUGAGGAAGAGACUCAUGUCUCUUCUGCAAUAUCAUUUUUUUCUGCCUGCCAGCAAUUUUCCUCUAGCUGUACACUGAGCUGUGCAUGUGUAGCACAUCAUACAAUCUUUCCAUGCCUUCAUUGCAUAAAGCGGAGUUACAUCAUUCCAGGCUGGCUGAUCAAUCAAUAUAACUGAAGAUGUUGGACCUACAAGGAGACUGGAAAAAUAUGUCAGCGGCUGUGACAGAGUGAAUGGGAGAUUAUGGAUGUUGCAUCACUGGAGGGGGGCGCUGUUUAUACUUGAAGGACAUGGGAAAAGCCCUCCCACCAAGUUGCAGACUUUAGUUCUGCUCCGAGAUGAUGAAAAAUAAACCCAUAUUUAAAAAAUGUCUUAAAAUGAUAAUUGCCUGGCUGUCUCUGAGUUCAGUACUUGCAGAAUAUGGACAGUUUAGACUUACAUGGAUGCAUCCUUGUUUGUAUUGGAACCCAGAAAGCUAGAGACAAGGUGGUCCAGGCAUAGAGGGGCAGAUACUUUGUAAUGUAAUGUUUGUAUAUGAUUUCAUGCAAGAAAGGACAUUUCAGAACACCUGAGCUCCCAUUCUGGGUGUGUCUUCAGUAAGUGACAGCCUGUGCAAGCUCAUUCAUUGCCAUUAUCUGCAAAGGUAGACGAGGCUCUAGUCAUUAUCAACAAAUAGAUUAACCAAGGGAAAAGGCUUUUCCGUUCUAAAGCUAACAUAUGCACCUGGCAGUGGUUUGUAUAAAUAAGCAAUGACUUGUGCUAAUAUUAAGAUGUCAUGGAUGCCUUACACUUUGGGCUUCAUCGUGGGCUUUUUCAUAACAUUCUACUGGACUAGUGAGAAAUUUGACAUGGGUACACUUUUUCUAUUCAAUCCAACACUGGAUUGGAAAUCAAUGACAAAUUUCACUCCAAAACAAGAUAGCAGCGUGAGUGAAGAGCUUUCACAUAAAAUACGAGUGUUGUGUUGGAUCAUGACAUCGCCAGAUCGCUUACAGACUAAAGCCAUCCACCUGAAGAACUCCUGGACUCGUCACUGUAAUAAGAUUUUAUUCAUGAGCUCCACUACUGAUAAGAUCUUCCCCACUAUUGGUCUAGACACCCAAGAAGGAAGGGACCAUCUCUACUGGAAGACCAUCCGUGCCUUCCAGUAUAUAUAUGAACAUCACUUCCAUGAAGCUGACUGGUUUUUGAAGGCAGAUGAUGACACUUAUGUUGUGGUGGACAAUUUACGAAGGAUGCUUUCAAAUUAUACACCUGACCAACCAAUAUAUUUUGGCAAACGUUUCAAACCUUUUGUCAAGCAGGGCUACAUGAGCGGUGGAGCUGGUUAUGUACUCAGCAAAGAAUCUUUGCAACGCUUUAUAGAGGGGUUUCGCAAAGGGGUUUGCUCUCACAAGUCCCCUGUGGAGGAUCUGGAACUGGGCCAGUGUAUGGAGAAUAUGGGGGUUAUAGCUGGAGAUACCAGAGACAGUGAAAAUAGAGAGAGUUUCCACCCAUUCACACCUGAAUAUCAUUUGUUUGGCCAUUUUCCUGAAAAUACUGUGUAUUAUCAUUACUCUUAUUACCAUAUCAUAGAGGGUCCCCAGUGCUGCUCAGACCUGGCCAUAUCUUAUCAUUAUGUGAAUGCAGAACUCAUGUACACCUUGGAAUAUUUCACCUACCACCUUAGAGCGUAUGGAUACCAGUACCGUUAUCAGCCAUCACUACAAUAAAGACUACUUCAGUGUUAUAGUUCAAAUGUGACUGAAGCAGGAAAUAUUUCUUUAUCAUGUUCAAUUACAAAGAAAUGAAAAACACAUUUUUCCUUACUAUCCCCCCAAUUGAUGUAAACUGGUCGUCUGAUCCACAGUAUUAUACAGGGUCACGUGAUAACACUAAAGCCCUGUACACAUGAUCGGUCCAAUCCGAUGAAAAUGGUCUGAUGGACGGUUUUCA